AUGUGGGAGGUGAUCCAAAUGGGCUUCCAGCAAGUCGAAGACGUCCUUGACAGCAUUAACCUGGGCCACUACCGCGACUACUUCAUAGCCAAGGGCAUGUUCUACGGUGCGAAGAUGCGUGCGCUGUCGCGCAAGUUUCUGGAUCUACACAUGCCAGCAAUCACCGACCCAGACGAGAAGGAGCAGCUUCUGGAGGUGUGUGCAACCGCCUGCAAAGACGAGACUAUUCGGCUGUUCCCGUACCGCUACGGCGAUCCUGACAAGCUGCUGUUCGCUUGCCACGAAGGGAGGCGCUUUUUGUCGGAGAAGUAUACUCAAGGCUGGUUUUGCGACAUAUCGAUGAUCUCCCACCCCUUGAUGGUUGAUGCCUACAACAAGUCCCACACGCUGGCUCAAGAGGACAAGCAGUCCAUCCAAGCCUACGACUCCUGGGUCUUCGGCGCUGACUCCGCUGGCCGGCUCUACCUCUUCCCGCAGAGCGACUCCCAGGUGCCGCCAUGUGUUCGGAGCUCCCGGCUCCACAACCUCUCCGUGUUGGAUGCGGCCGUGGACUGGAGCGCCAUGCGUUCCGUGUCGGUCGGCAUGGAAGGGACUAUGAACUUCUACAAUCUUGGGAAUGACGCGGUGGAGCACACGCUGCAUGUUGCGGCUGCCUGCAGCCUGUCUGCGUCCAAGGACUUCUGGAGCGCCUUGGAUGCGGACUUCGAACUGGGAAAUAUGGCGACGGGCCUUUCCAGUGGCCAUCUCCAGCUGGUGGACCUGGAGCUCGCGAAGCCAGUUUGCAUGAUCCCGUGCCACUCUGCGAUGGUGCGGAAUGUCAAGGCGGACUGGACGACAGGUGAAGUCGUGUCUUGCUCCUACGAUGGCUUCAUCAACCUCGUUGAUGCGCGCACCACCAAGACGAUUCGCAACCUUAAAGGGAAGGGCCAGUGGGAUGCCAUGGAUGUCUGCUUCGACAAGCAACUUGCCCUUGCCGCCUCCAAGUUUGAGCCUGCAACCACCCUUUGGGACCUCAG